AUGUCGAGUGCAUGUUUGCGGAAAACAGGCGUGGAAGCUUUGCUUGCUGGCGUGCUGGCUUGCUCGCCUGGGGAGCUCGUGACAUUUCGUCUUCUUGCCGAGGACAUGGCCCAUCCAACCAACGCCUACGCCAAAACAAAUACCGAAAGCUGGUCCGCCUGCCCGACUCUACCCACUUUCUCUGCUCCCCUCUUCCCCUCUGGCCUACCUCCCACACACAUUGGUUUCCGAUACACAGCUUCAUCUCCUCCCUCUUCAUCAGGCUACCUUGAAACUGGAAGAUUGUGUGAACAAAUAGACAGUAUGGCUAGCAACGGUAAAGGCGGUGCGGAAGCAGAGAGGAUCAACACCGACAUCAUCACUCUUACUCGAUUCCUCACUGAGGAGCAGGUAAAGCACAAGGAAGCCACGGGAGACUUUACACUUCUUUGCCAUGCCCUUCAAUUCGCAUUCAAAAGUAUUGCCUACUACAUCCGGAGAGCGACAUUGAUCAACCUCACCGGUCUACAAGGCACAUCAAAUACCACAGGUGAUGACCAGAAGAAGCUCGAUGUCAUCGGUGACGAGCUCUUCAUCUCAGCCAUGCGCUCCUCGGGUCGCGUGCGCUUGCUCAUCUCAGAAGAGCAAGAAGAGGCCAUCGUCUUCAACGAAUUUCCCAAUGCACGCUACGGCGUAGCGUGCGACCCAAUUGACGGCUCCUCCAACCUCGAUGCUGGUGUGUCUGUGGGCACCAUCUUCGCGAUUUACAAACUGUCCGAAGAUGCAAAGGGCACAAAGGAAGAUCUGCUAGUCCCCGGCACAGAAAUGGUAGCUUCAGGAUUCACCAUGUACGGUGCAUCAGCGCAGCUAGUCAUCACAAUGAAGGGCGGCAACGUCAACGGCUUCACACUGGACAAUGCGUUCGGCGAGUUCAUCCUCACACAUCCCAACAUGAGGUGUCCCGAGAAGCGCGCAAUCUACUCGGUAAACGAGGGUAACUCCAUGUACUGGGAAGAGCCUGUCAAGGAGUGGUGCAAUAGCCUCAAAAACCCUGCUGAAGGCCAAAAGCCGUACAGUUCAAGAUACAUUGGUUCCAUGGUAGCUGAUGCCUACCGGACUCUGUUAUAUGGUGGUAUUUUCGCGUACCCGGCGGACAAGAAGAGUCCAAAGGGAAAGCUCCGCAUUCUGUACGAGUGCGCACCCAUGGCUAUGGUCUUCGAGAACGCUGGCGGUCUCGCAGUCAACAGCAAGAUGGAUCGCAUGUUGACAGUAAAGCCUGAACACAUCCACGAUCGAUCUGGUAUCUUUCUUGGAUCGAAAGGAGAGGUGCAAAAAGUUAUUGACGCGCAUAAGAAAUACCAGAAGUGA